AUGGGCUCGCUGGCUUCAAGAGUGAAGCUGCAGACCUUUGCAUGGAUCCUACACAGGGGGCCCAGGUGGAGCUGCCUGCUAGUCCCUCCCAGUGCGCAUGCACUUCUCAGCCCUUGGGCCGUCAAUGGGACCGGGCGCCACGGAGCAGGGGGCGGCGCUCAUUGGGGAGGCUCAGACAGCCCAGGAGCCCACAGGGGUGGGGAGGCUCAGGCAUGGCUGGCUGCAGGUCCUGAGCCCCACCCCGCCGGGGGGCAGCUGAGGCCGGGCGAGAAUUCCAGCGCAGCGCAGCGCAGCGCUGGCGGGCCGGCACUGCUGGGGGACCCGGCUCACUCUCCGCAGCUGCUGGCCCAGGUGCUAAGCCCUUCGCUGCCUGGGGCUGGCGGCGCCGGCCGCUCAGAGUGUGGGCCGCGGAGCCCACGCCUACCCGGAACUCACGCUGGCCCUCGAGAGCGGGUGUGCAGCCCCAGUUCCCGCCCGCGCCUCUCCCUCCACAUCUCUCCGCAAGCAGCGGGAGACGGCUCCAGCCUCAGCCAGCCCAGAGACGGGGUCCAACAGUGCAGCGGCAGGCUGAAGGGCUCCUCAAGCGUGGCCCGAGGAGACGCCAAGGCCCAGGAAGCGCUGAGAGCGAGAGACGGCCGCCAGCACGUUGUCACCUCUCACAAUGACCUUGGCAGAUGCGUGGAUGCUGACAAAAAUUGUACAAGAGAAUUUAUGAACAAAAACAAAAGAGACAAAUGGCGAAAAAUAUUUGAAGUACUUUUUCUUGGGCUGGCUCUUCUCCAAACGACAACUGAUAAUUAGGAGCAGCAGGAAGAAGAAGAGGUGAGAACAACCCCCAGGCCAACCAAAGCCCACUGUGCAGCUGCAUCCCACGUCUAAUCUCUACGUCCCACCACCAUUGCCACCAUGGCCAAGAAAAAGGCUGAAAGGGAUGCUGAAGGGAGAUUAAAGCCAAGGUGAAGGAAGAACCACAGAGGAAUCACAAAGCUGUCUGCUAAACCUGCUCCUCCAAAGCCAGAGCCCAAGCCUAAAAAGGCUCUUGCAAAGAACGGAGAGGAGCCACCUAAAGGGAAAAAGGGAAAAGCUGACACUGGCAAGAAGGGAGAUAACCCUGCAGAACAUGGAGAUGCUAACGCAGACCAGGCACGGAAAGCUGAAGGUGCUGGAGAUGCCACAUGGAGUGUGUGCAUUUUUGGUAACUGUGUGCUUCUGAUGACUGUACAGUUUGAAAUACUAUUUUUUAUCAAGUUUUAUUAAAACACAGAAUUUUGUUUACUUUUCUGUUAAGCUUUGUGAUGUGGUUUUGCCGUGUCCCUAUCCAAAAUCUCAUCUUGAAUCGUAGUCCCCAUAAUCCCUACGUGUCAAGGGCAGGACCAGGUAGAGGUAAUUGGAUCAUGGGGGCGGUUUCUUCCAUGCUGUUCUCCUAAUAGUAAGUGAGUCUCAGGAGGGCUAAUGGUUUUAUAAGGGUCUGGAAUUUCCCCUGCUUGUACUCAAUCCGUCCUGCCACCCUGUGAAGAAGGUGCCUGCUUCUGCUGUGCCUUCUGCCAUGAUUGUAAGUUUCCUGAGGCCUCCCCAGCCAUGUGGAACUGUGAGUCAGUUAAACCUCUUUCCUUUAUAAAUUUUCCAGUCUGGAGUAUUUCUUCAAAGCGGUGUGAGAACUGACUAAUACACUAUGUUAGCACACAGAACACUUUACUGUUUUUUGGGGGAGGGGCAAAUGUCACUAAUAGAAUGUUUCUGAAGCUGGAUUAAUAUAGGGAAAAUCCCUUUCCCCUCUAGCUCUGAGAGACUUUUCUUGGCUCCCAGGAGAAGGGAUUCCCUUCUACUUGACUUUGACCACACGCAGCCACCUUGGCACAAAUGCCUUGUGGUAUGGAGAAACAAAUUCUUUUCAUGUCCUCUUCUCCCUUUCCACCUUCAGCAAAGACUUAACUCAUUUAAACCCAGACACCUGUUGGGACCCGACCUCCAAUAAUUGAUUACCAGGGUGCCAGGCAAUCUGGACUUUCUGGUGCUGCCACUGAGAUGGUGCCCCUCAAAAAUCAGUGGUUCUGUUUCUAGAUUGUGGAUCUUCACAUGAAUUCUGCCAUUUUUAUUUCACUUCCUAAAAGUCAGCGUUGACUUGUGAAAAGUUGUGAACAACAUGCUAAAUGUGAAAUGUCAACCCUCACUCUAAACUUUCCCUGUUCGGAGCAUCAAAUGGAGACUUCAUGGGGUUUUAUAGUGGCUUUCUGAUUUUUGGUAGUCCGUUGAAGAAGGAAGUUUAAAAGUUGUAUACUGUUAAGGAUUGUUUGCCCAUGUCCUGCCUGAAAUAUCAUGACUGUUUAUGAACAGUAUCUUUAAUAAAGCUGGAUACUGUUUGACUUGAAUAAGUUAAUAAAUAAAUACAUUAAUUACAUAAAAUCUGAAAAUAUUCUUACCCUUAAACAUGGGAAUUAUAUUUCUAGAUUAAUUCAAGUAUAAAACGAUUUUUAUCGACAAAGAGGUAUAUUGAUUCAUUAUCUAUUGCAACAUGGGACAGGAGACAAUCUAGCUAUCCAGCAAUCAGAAAAUGGUUAAAUAAGUUACAAUACCUACGUUCAACUAGAAAUUAUUUAGCUCCUUAAAAUAUUGUUUAGAAAAACAUUACUCACAAACCAUUUAUAAUACUUCAUUGUAAAAUUAAAUAUAAUCAAAAUAUAAUUGAAACAAAAAUAUUAUUAGGAAAAGUAAUUGGAGAAAGUAGAACAAAAAUAACAUUUUCAAAAAAAUGGUUAUUUGACACUUUUUAUGUGCCAGACAAUUUUCUAAGUAUUUUAAAUAUGUUAACUCAUUUAAGCCUCAUAACAGCCCUAUGGAAUAAGUACCAUUAUUAUUGACAGUUUUACAAAUAAGGAUGUAAGAAACAAAGAUGUUAAGUAACUUGCAUAAAGUCACACUUUAAAAUCAGUAGAAGAGAAAAUAUUCAAACAGAGGCUACCAAUAGCACAGUUAUAAGUAUGCAUCCAUGUUGGCAUUUAUCACCUUUAAAAAUUUUUCUUUAUGUUUUGUCAUAUUGUAUAUGAAAUUAUUGUAUAUAUAAUUUCAUUAUUCAUUACUUAAUAUUUUCAGCAAAUAAUAUUUAAUUGAGCAGGACUUUGAGACAUUAAGAUGAACUGUGCUGUUUCAUCUGAACUUGAAAUUUUUUUAGUUCUGCCUUACGAAAAAGCCUUUUUAUACCCUGAUAUCUGAAUAUUUAGCAGUGAGGUCCACCAUUGAUAUUAAAUUCUUCUCGAUGGCAAAUAGCAUACCAGGAUAUAAUUUAAUUGCAAUUCUGGAAGGUAACAGAAAAAGAUGAGAUCACACAGGCCAUUAAUCUCGAGGCAUAGGUGGAGAUCAGUCAAGUGAAAAGGAAGCAGGUGUCUAAGUUAGAUGGCAAGAGACACAAUUAGUAGUUCCCCGGAUUUGCACAGGAGCCUCCUGAGGCUCACGUAACCGCUUCCCAGCAGGCGUGCAGUCUGACACCUGAGAUGGCAAGCUGAGCUAAGAAACCUCAGGAUAGCAGUCACCUAGCUGGAAACAGGGUUGCUGCCAGAGGGAGGAGAGGGGUAUGUGGCAAUGCUCCCACAAAUCCCUAAAGAGUGCUGCUCCAUUUCCCUGGGCCACAGUCUCUGCAAGGUGUGCUGUAAACACGCCCUGGAAAUGCAUCCGUUCU